UAGCCCACGAAGAAGAAUCUGCCCACAGUGGCUACCAUUGGAGGAGUAAUAGCAGUGCUGAGUUGGCCGCUGUAGUUAGUGAGUCAUCUAAAAGUGUUUGGUGACAUCAGGGAGCGUUUAUUGACCACGAAUCCUUUCCAGGGUUUCCGUACAGAGGCUUGGCAAAUCACUGGAGCGUGACGGGGCGCACACCUUUGAUAUCUGAUAAUAGUUGGUUAGCGUAGCUAGCGUUAGUUGGCUAGCCGAGGCGCUGUGGAAAAAAGGCUCCUAUGCAGUCAUGUCUACGGCUGGAGACUUCGGAAACCCUUUAAGAAAAUUUAAGUUGGUUUUUCUCGGGGAGCAAAGUGUGGGAAAAACGUCACUCAUCACCAGGUUCAUGUAUGACAGCUUCGAUAACACUUACCAGGCUACAAUAGGAAUAGAUUUCCUGUCAAAAACCAUGUACCUUGAAGACAGAACAAUCAGGUUGCAGUUGUGGGACACAGCAGGGCAAGAGCGCUUCCGCAGCCUCAUCCCAAGUUACAUACGAGACUCUGCUGCCGCUGUUGUUGUCUACGAUAUCACAAACGUCAACUCCUUUCAGCAGACAACAAAAUGGAUUGAUGAUGUGAGGACGGAGAGAGGAAGUGAUGUCAUUAUCAUGUUGGUUGGAAACAAAACAGACCUUGCUGACAAAAGGCAGGUAUCUAUUGAAGAGGGUGAGCGGAAAGCCAAAGAACUAAAUGUAAUGUUUAUUGAGACUAGUGCAAAAGCGGGCUACAACGUAAAGCAGCUUUUCCGUCGUGUGGCAGCUGCCCUCCCUGGCAUGGAUACAACACAGGACAAGAGUAGAGAGGACAUGAUUGACAUAAAACUGGAGAAGCCACCAGAGCAGCCUGUCAGUGAAGGAGGGUGUUCCUGCUAAUGUUGAUUUGUUUCAUUGCUCAGCACAUUUGGCUUUUUAUCAAAAAAAAUUUCUCCAUCUGUCUGCACUUUUCACUAAACUUUCUCGUGUUCCCUCACCUGAAACAACACUACAUCUGUUAGUUUUGCCAUGGUGUAAACCUGUUCUGAAAAUCCAUGAAUCACUUUAAUAUUUGCACUGUAAUGCACACGCAUUGAAACAGCAUUUAAAGAUGAACAAUAUCACUUUGUGUCUAUUAGAAUAAAACUGAAAACUUUGCCAAACUGAAAGUUAUGAAAAUGUGUUUCCUCUAAGAUGGCCAAGCAGCUUGUGUAUAGAACAUUUUAAAUUUCAGUUGCUUUAAGCCGAAUAAGCACAAUGUAAUUGAGCUUGUCUUGUGACCAGUGGUGGGCACAGUUAGCCUGAAUGUUACAUUUGAUAACCGCUAAUUCACUAACUGAAAGAUUAACUGUGCUAACGCUAAACUGAUAAACCGCUAAAACAUUGAGCUGAAGCUACUGAUAACUGCUUUUAUUAUAUGAAUUAAGCUUUGGUUUGUGUUUUGGCUCUAAAACCUUGCAUCUUAAACUUGGAGACAUUCUCCCACCCCCAUAAAUAGUUAAGAAAACCCAAGAUCAGAUUAUGAUGUGCAUGAAUAAAUGAACAAAUGAAAUUAAACAGUAGUUGCCACUAUACAUAGUUUAUGUAGUAUACAUAAAAUAUUAAAUAAGAAAUAUUAAAUUAAAACACACAUAAAGUCAUCACCUGCUCCUCCUCAUCUUCUCAAGGUGAUGUCUGUUGCUUUCACACCAUGUUUCAAUAUUGCUAACUGGAUUUAUAUAUCAGCUCCAACAAGAACAAACAUAUGUUUUUAGGGUUUACAGACAUCUUUGACUGUUAAACUUCAUUUUUUUUUUUUUUUUUUUUUUACGCGGCUGAUUUAAAGUUAGUGGAACUAAGCCUAACAGAAUCUAAUUAGUCUGCUAAUGGCUUUUGAAAUUAUCUGAAAGCUAAUCUGCUAAUGAAAAGUUAGCUUUGCUAAUUAGCUGUCAGCUAAUUUAGAUGAACUGUCCCCACCACUGCUUGUGACCAACUGACAGGUGUUCACUCAUGAGCUUAUGUGGCCAAUUAACAGCUGCUGGAUUUUGUUUUUGUAACCAUCUAGAACUAUUUGUAUAAAAGAUUGCAAAUUUGUGUUGAGGUCGGUCACUAGAUUGUAAACUGUCCACAGUGCAGCAGCUGAAGUCAUGUAUUUUAGACAGACUUUGUGACUUGGUGUGCCCAUGUUCUCUACCAGCAAAGCCACAGUUCUGCCACCAUUUAUUAGCUUGAUGUAACAUGUCAACUCCCAAACACGCUACGGCACCAGCACAGAUGCGGUACAUGUUCUAAAACUUUACCACACUAUCCACAUUACUGUCCUUUAGGAUAAAUGAUGGCAAUGUUUUACCUUGGUUUCCAGGUUCUUUUUAAUUAAUUCUUGUUUUCUUUCUUCUUUUUCUAAAGACUACAGACAUAGGUAAAUAUUUUUGAUUGUAGUGUUUGAGGAGGAUCUUCUCAUAUCAAGAAGACAUUAGAUUUGGUGAUAUGUCUUUUGACGUUUAAUUGUAGAUGGCUUCCUGGGCUUUGGGAUUAUCUAGUUAAGAUUGGUAUUAUCUUCUCUGGACAAUUUAAAGAUUUUGAUUUUAUUAUUUGGCUUUUUUGUUAAUUGUUAGUAAUUGUUCAACAUCUGUAUUUAAUCCACAAUGAUUUGUAAUAUUUAUUUCUGUUGGAUUCAUGUUUUUGUUUUUUUAAUGGCUGUUAAUAUUGUUAGUUUUUGGGUUGUCCUAAAUCGCUAAUAAAAUAUACUUCUAUCUGGACCACAUUUGGCAGAAGCAGUAGAGAGCACCUGCUGCCUGUCAGUACCAAUGUGAUCAUACUGGAAAAAUAAUGCAAGAUUUUGUUUUAUAUGAAGGUAGAGAGGAAAGUACAGUUUAUAUCACCCACAGUAGUCCUGGAUGUUUCUCUGGAAUGGUUUUAAAUCAAAGAAUAAAAAUACCUUUGUCAUUGCUGCUGGAA